GACGUGUUUUGAAAACGAACGCACGUGUUUGAUAAUAAUUUUUCGAUAAACUGAGUAAAAUUUAAUGAAAGUUUGCAUUAAUAUUGGAAGAUUGUUUCGUUAAUUUACAAAUAAGCAAUUCCCAUUCGUUCAACAGCUCUAAACUCAUGUUGAAAUAACCAAGAUGGAAGUGGACUGCAAACCUUCGAUAAUUCCAAAAUUAGGUCCUUGCGAAGUUUGUGCUGCCAACGAAGCUAAAUACACCUGUCCUAAAUGCGAAGUGAAGACAUGCUCGAUACAGUGCGUUCGUAUUCAUAAAACCGAGCUCGAAUGUGACGGAAACCGAGAUAGAACUUUAUACAAACCUAUAAACAAAUUCACCAAUCUCGAUUUACUCUCAGAUUACCGUCUUUUGGAAGAUAUUCAAAAAACCGUUACCAAAUACAAGAAAGAUGUAAACAAAAGAUACACUCGACAUAAUACAGAAUUACCCAUUCAACUCCAUAAAUUACGAGGUGCAGCGUAUAACAGAGGAGUUACAUUGCAAUACCUGCCACAGAACUUCUCCAAACACAAAGAAAACACCACGUAUUACGAUUGGAAAACCAGAGAUCUGUAUUGGCGUAUUAAAUGGGUAUUUUUUGGGUCCACCAGUGAAGUAACUUACGUCGAUGAAAGAGUUUUAGAUAAAGAAAAACUGGGUAAAAUUGUCUCCAAAUACUUGUCUCCUUCGGAACAAAAUCCAGAAUUGGAAUUUUACUAUUCGGCAGGCCACAGCGGUGUUACGCUUUUAUUGAAAGCCGACAAAAUUCCUAAUAAAUUUUAUGAACUCGAGAUGGAUGCUUCUCUUCGAGAAAAUUUAAGAAAAAAAGUCAUCAUCGAGUAUCCAACGAUUUACGUAGUUCUGAAACACAUCAAGGAUGAGUUUGAUAUCCAGGAGUCAGACGAAGAAGAUAAUUCUGAAGAUAAGAAAUCGGAAGACGAUGUGCAGAUUAUCGAUGAAGAUUGAAUCUGAUCGUCUCACGUUCGAGUGAGAGGUUUUAAUUUGAGACUGAGUUAUUCGCACUGAAGCGUAAUAUUAAUUAUGAAGAUGUUGAGCAUCGAUCUACAUCAUAAGAUUGAAUUGAAGUAUCCAGGUCCAGGGCUUCAAGAGAGAGAGCGAAAGAGACGUAUCUGCUUAUGUCCAAAUAGGCACCACCUUUGUUUUUUUAAAACCAUUUUCAACAAUAUACCUUUGUUUUAUUAAAACCA